AUGGCCUUCAAUAUGACUUCGGACGGCUCGCCCACUCCCCGCAAAGGUCCUGCCCGAUUCAACAUGCCUCAUGGAGACCUGAGGGUCGACACUUCACCAGAGGUACUGGGCCAGCUCAACGGCAGUAGCCAGAACUGCUUCCCAUACGGUCUUCACCCUUCUUUUGGCUCGUCAUUGACAUCCAACUCGCAGGGUCUGAAGCGGCCGCUCGGUACUUCCACCAUGGGCAACAUCGGCAUGCCUUCAAUGCAGCAGCAACAGCAGCAGCAGCACUUCGGCAGCUCCAAGAACAAGGGUGACAACUACCAGGAUAAGUCCGUCAUGGACUCGCUCUUGCAGCGUCUGCAUGAGCGGUCAUCGCCUGAUGAUUCAUACAAGUCCUCCUCCAGCAGCUCGGUUCCCAUCACGCCAGCCACCGAGGAUUACGCGAGCACGCCACCUACGAUGGCCUCUGCGGACUCUUCCAUUCUAGUCAAUGCAUCGGAGCUGCACAAGAUUAGGGAAGAGCUACAAGCUGCCAAGGACAAGAUCGCUCGUAUGAAUCAGGAUGCCCACAGCCACCUCGUUGCCAGGUCCACGAUGGAACAUCUCAGCCAGUCGUCCGAAGCCGAUUACGGAUACAACAUUGGUGAGGUUACGGAGCAGACGCUUGCACAGUUGCAGAACAACUUCAACGCUUCCACCCGUGCUAAUGACGGCUGGGGCAACCAGUCGGCUCGUCCACCCUACAACACGAACAACAACUUUGGUUCUCAGUAUCAGGCCCAAGCCCAGACCCAAGCUCGACCACCGAUCCUUGUCGGCCAGUCCACAGCUCGACGAGGCAGCGGCUUCCUCAACGAACCUACUCACUUUCCUCUUGACCAGGGCUUCCGCGGCGGUGGCAUGAACAACGGCAUGGGCAGCUUCAUGGGCAACGGUAUGGCCGCAAGCUUCAACGCUGGCUACAGCAACGGAAUGAGCAACCCACCGAGCCGCCCGGACUCUGCCUUCGACCCCGCUUACAACCAGUAUGGCGGACUGCCCAUGCAAGCUGCAAACUAUUCUACUCCGAUUGGAACUCUCGGUGGAAGCAGGCUUUCUCCUGUUGCAAACGAGUUCGACGUGUCCACUGGCAUGGGUCCUUCACCAUGGAACUCUCAGGCUCCCAGUGAGACCGGUAGCUCGCAAUAUAUGCCGCCUGUCGAACCCUUGAACUACCGCCGGCUGUUGGAUCGCAACAUGAGCUGCAACUGGAAGUACAUUGUCGACAAGAUCAUCUGCAACAACGAUCAGCAGGCUUCGAUAUUUCUCCAGCAGAAGCUCAAGGUCGGCACGCCAGACCAAAAAUACGACAUUGUCGAAGCCAUCAUCGCCCAGGCUUACUCCUUGAUGAUCAACCGCUUCGGAAACUUCCUGGUUCAGCGCUGUUUCGAGCACGGCACGCCAGACCAGAUCAUUGCCAUUGCUCAAGCAAUCCGUGGCAAUACGCUUGCUCUCAGCAUGGAUGCUUUCGGCUGCCACGUCAUUCAGAAGGCUUUCGACUGCGUUCCCGAAGAGUACAAGGCCACCAUGGUUCACGAAUUGCUUCGUCGCAUCCCAGAGACUGUCAUUCACCGCUACGCAUGUCACGUUUGGCAGAAGCUGUUCGAGCUGCGCUGGAGCGACUCACCGCCACAGAUCAUGCGCUACGUCAACGAGGCCCUCCGUGGCAUGUGGCACGAAGUCGCUUUGGGUGAGACUGGCAGUCUUGUCGUUCAGAAUAUCUUUGAGAACUGCCUGGAGGAGGACAAGCGUCCUUGCAUCAACGAGGUACUUGCUAGCAUCGACGUGAUUGCUCAUGGCCAAUUCGGCAACUGGUGCAUCCAACAUAUCUGUGAGCACGGUGCUCCUGCCGACCGCAGCCGUGCCAUCGAUCACAUCCUCCGCUUUGCGACCGAGUACAGCAUGGACCAGUACGCAUCUAAGGUCAUCGAGAAGUGUCUGAAGAUCGGCAACACCGACUUCUUAGAUCGCUACUUGGAGCGUGUCUGCGAAGGUCGCCCCGACCGCCCCCGUAUGCCUCUGAUCGAUAUCGCUGGAGAUCAAUUUGGCAACUACCUCAUCCAGUACAUUUUGACCAACAGCAGUGCACAACACCGCGAGAUUGUCGGCAGCCACAUCCGCAAGCACAUGGUCUCCCUCCGCGGCUCGAAGUACGGCUCGCGCGUCGCCAUGCUGUGCUGCAACCCCGCCGUCACCACACGCCCCGGCCCACCUGCUGGUAUGGUGCCUCGCUACAACGCCCCCGUUGGUCGCACUACCGCCUUUCCCGGCACCUUCCGCUGA